AUGAGGUACCUGCUCCGGCUGGGGCGCUCGUUCGCCCGCCUUCAUGUCCGUUUAUGUCACCAGAGUAUUUACAGCCGCCAUACCAACCUAUGCAGAGUGGGAGUGGAACUCGGAGAGAAGAAACUUGAAAUCUCUUCAGGGAGGUUUGCCAGAUUUGCUGAUGGAUCUGCUGUAGUACAGCUGGGAGAUACCUCUGUGAUGGUAACCGCUGUGAGCAAAACCAAACCUUCUCCUUCUCAGUUCAUGCCGCUUGUGGUGGACUACAGACAGAAAGCGGCAGCUGCUGGUCGGAUUCCCACCAACUACCUGAGGCGAGAACUGGGCACCACCGACAAUGAGAUCCUCACCAGCAGACUUAUCGAUCGUUCGAUUAGACCACUUUUCCCUCCUGGUUAUUUCUACGAUACUCAGAUCCUCUGUAACCUGCUAGCAGUUGAUGGCGUCAAUGAUCCAGAUGUGCUGGCUAUUAAUGCAGCUUCUGCUGCCUUGGCCCUGUCUGACAUCCCCUGGCAUGGACCAGUAGGUGCUGUGCGUGUGGGCAUGGUAAAUGGAGAGUUGCUGGUCAACCCCACGAGGGCAGAGAUGGCUUCUAGCAGUCUUAACCUGAUAGUGGCCGGAGCUCCCAGCAGUCAAGUGGUUAUGAUUGAAGCAUCAGCCGAGAACGUGCUGCAGCAGGACUUCCUCCAUGCUGUGAAGGUGGGAGUCAAACACACUCAGCAAAUCAUACAUGCCAUCCAGCAGCUGGCACGAGAGCAGAAGGUGACCAAGCGCGCUCCGGUCAAGAUAUUCUCAGCCCCAGCGGACAUGGUGGAACAUGUUCGGAAAUUAGCUUCUGAGAGAAUCUAUGCUGUUUUUACUGAUUAUUCACACGACAAGAUUUCAAGAGAUGAAGCGAUCAACAAAAUUCGUCUGGAAACUGAAGAGGAAUUAAAAGAAAAAUUCCCUCAGGCUGAGCCCUUUGAAGUCGUUGAAUCCUUUAACACCGUGAGCAAAGAAAUCUUCCGUAAUUUAGUGCUCAAUGAGUACAGGAGGUGUGAUGGAAGAGAGCUGACUGGUUUAAGAAACAUUUCUUGUGGCAUAGACCUGUUUAAGCCGCUGCAUGGCUCAGCUCUGUUUCAAAGAGGACAAACACAGGUUCUGUGCAGCGUCACGUUUGAUUCCCUUGAAUCCAGCAUCAAAGCAGAUAUUAUCACUACAGCUUUGAGUGGAAUCAAAGACAAAAACUUCAUGCUUCAUUAUGAAUUCCCUCCAUAUGCAACCAAUGAGACUGGAAAGAUAGGAGGCCUCAACAGGAGAGAGCUUGGGCAUGGGGCUCUGGCUGAGAAAGCUCUGAGACCAGUCAUUCCUAAAGACUUCCCUUUCACCAUCAGGGUCACAGCUGAGGUGCUGGAGUCUAACGGAUCCUCCUCAAUGGCUUCAGCAUGUGCAGGCAGCCUCGCUCUUAUGGAUGCAGGUGUGCCCAUCUCUUCUGCUGUGGCAGGUGUAGCCAUUGGCCUCAUCUCCAAGCCCAACCCAGAGAAACCUGCUGAGAUAGAAGACUACAGAUUACUAACAGACAUUCUGGGAAUAGAGGAUUACCUGGGAGAUAUGGACUUCAAACUGGCGGGAACAAACAAGGGCAUCACUGCUUUACAGGCUGAUGUGAAGAUUCCUGGGUUGCCUCUGAGGGUGGUCAUGGAGGCCAUCCAACAGGCUACAGUGGCAAAGAAGGAAAUCUUGGGCAUCAUGAACAAGUGCAUCACAAAACCCAGAGAGAACAGAAAAGAGAAUGGACCUAUUGUUGAAAAUGUCCGGGUGCCUGUCUCAAGACGGGCUCGCUUUGUCGGUCCCGGAGGCUAUAACCUCCGCAGGCUUCAAGCUCAAACAGGUGUGACAAUAAGUCAGGUAGACGAAGAGACUUUUUCUGUGUUCGCUCCAACACCAGGAGCCAUGAAUGAAGCCCAACACUUCAUCAGUGAGAUCUGCAAAGAUGAUCAAGAGCAGCAGCUGGAGUUUGGUGCUAUCUAUACUGCCACCAUCACAGAAAUAAGGGACAUUGGUGUGAUGGUGAAACUUUAUCCCAACAUGACUCCUGUCCUGCUGCACAACUCGCAGCUGGAUCACAAACGGAUCAAACAUCCAAGUGCUUUGGGCUUAGAGGUGGGACAAGAGAUACAGGUCAAGUAUUUUGGACGGGACCCAACAGACGGCAGAAUGAGGCUUUCGCGGAAGGUUCUCCAGUCUCCUGCUGCAAGUGUCGUUAAGACACUAAGUGAGAAACAGAGCAUCUCCAUGGGUUCAAGCAACAGCCACACAACCAGUACAGAUUCAUGACACUCCUCCACGACAGCCUAACUUCUGGCUUUUCUGUCAGAGUAGACUUGGACUGAGAAGAUCCUUUCCUUCCUUUUUCAAGCAACAGUUAUGAACUGAAAAAGUGCUGUACAUAAAGAAGGUUACUCAGCUGCUGUGAGUAUGGAUGUGGCUAAAAUGCUGCUUGUCCCGCUGACAUCGUGCCUCAGAGAAAUUGCACAAACUGAGUGAUGGAUAACAAAGAUGAGGAGGCAAACGUUUUCAAAUAAAUUCAUGUGUACCCUUUUCAUGUUCUGUUUUCUGACUGUAUGAAGCAGUAAAUGGUAAGACAUUUCUGGCAUUACACAGCAACAAUGCAUCUGUUAUUUACGUGUAAUAAUGUUGCCUCUUGAGGAAUGAGAUCAAGAUAUGGACAAAGAAAGGCAAGUGGGUGAAGUGUAAGAGAGAAGUGUUUUGUUAAAUUUAUCUUUAUAUGAUGUCAUAUUUAUAUUAUAUGUGAGUAACUAAUAUGUAAAUAAAAACCCAGCCACAAGCGGGCCACAAGCCACUGUAGUCCUAGUGCCUU